GUGGUUGCUUUCUGUUGACCUCAAGAGCGUCAGCUGUAGUCAGUGCGUUUUAUUUCAGUGUAAUUGACGGCCAUUACUUAAUAUUACUGGAUUGCAGUGCAAAAUGAUUCUACAUGUAUCACAAAUCAAACAAUGUAACAUUUACAGUGCCUGCUGAGAGCUGGAUAGUAGAUUACGAUUAUGUGUUUGUUGUGAGGAUACAUUGCAAAUGUAAGCAGUAAGGAGGUGAUACACAGGACUGAUUUUAGUUGGAAGCAAUAUUGAACUGCCAAAAUGUUGUAUGUUUUCCAUGUGGAUGCUGGUCAGAUGACCACAUAUGACAUGAAUCUCACGCUGCAGACCGUGUCAAGUUUAAAAGCAGCGAUAGAAAGAAAGACAAAAAUAGCAGCAAGCUCCCUAGUGCUCCUCGUAAGUGGCGGGGAGGUGCUGCAGUCUGACCACAUGGUGUCUUCAUAUAGUGCUGGCACGGACACAAACCCCAUAUAUAUGUUUAGCAAACCAUCAGAGAAGGAGAGCCAUUUGAAGCAAUCCAUGUACAGCGACCUUAGUCCAAUAGUGGAGCUAAGUUCAGGCGAGUUCCGGAGCGAUACGCGAAGCGGAGUGGAAGGGAAAUCCCUAGCGGAGCUGAAAGCGAACGUGGACAUGUGUUGCUCGCUUCAGCCGACCGUCAACACUGUGAUAAAGUGCGCGACGCUGGCGCAGCAGUUCAGUGAUCUAGCGCACGAUGUUUCUAAGAGCUGCGAUCAGUUGGUGCAUGAGCAGCAUUUACAGCAUCAGGGUUGGUCGGCGGUUGUGGCGAAUUUAGAAGACAUCUUCAACGAAUUCUGCGAAAGAUCUAGGAAUUUCAAAGAAUCAUUCAGAAAACAUCGGCUAAAAAAAGACGAGUACCACGAACAAUUGACUGCUCUCAACGAAGUGUUAGAAUCUUUAGGCAAGAUUCCAAUUCUGCCGGCCCUCCAACUGAACGCGGAGGCGCAUCGGUUCUCAGCUUUCGACGUGUUCGAGGAGACCGACUUCGAAGGCCAAUACUAUAGGAUAAGCCAACCUUUGGAUGGAUCGGAGAAGACUAACCAGGACUUUGGAGUGGAGGCGUUCAAACUAUCGGAGGAGGAAGAUGUGUUCGGUCACAAAGACGCAUCAACCAGCAAAGACACGGAGCACGCGCCAGCGCCCGCCGAGCCGAUCGAGGAGUCCGAUGAAGGAGUCACGUUUAAAGCCCACUCUUAUGAAAACAAGGAGGAACCGACGUUACUUCACUGGAUAUUGGCGCAGGGCAAUAAGGCUUCGUUACAAGACAUUUUAGACUACUGCCAAAAAGGAUUGGCACUGAUUGAUGCAGAGCCUCUGAAAGAAUUGGAAGAAGAAUUAUGCAACGUGCUAGAAUACGCCAACGUGCACGGCCUAAAGCAGAUCAAGGGCAUCGAGGACCGACUGUACCGUCUAGACCAGCUGCUCAGCGAGGUGAAGAAACUCGAGCGAGAUCAGCACGACCAGGCCGCGUCGCUAAUACAGUACCGAGAGCGAUUAAACGCCGCUUGCGACCCGUCAGUAUUGCCAACAUUGGUGCAGUCACAUUGGUGCCAACUCGAAAAACUGCUCAAAGGACACCAGACCCUAGUUGAUAUUAGGCGACGAAUAUCCAAGUCAAAAGAUGAACUGUCGCAUAUACUGAAGGCUAGAUUAAAGGCAGUCCUAAUGAUCGAGAACUCGAUGUCAGUGCAGGACGCACACGCCAUGCUUAGCUUCCAGUGUUUCAACCGUCUCGCGCGCUACUUCGACAUCGUGGCACAAUUACAUCGGGCGCCUGUGGUUUACGUCCGCGCUGUCCACGAGGUUGCUAGGAGAAGAAUGUUCUCACAAGCACAUUUGAAGUGGGCGACAGACUUAGCGGCGAAACUAAUAAAAAUCCACGAAGAAGAAAUAAUACGACGGCAAGACUUCAACUGUCUUUUCGAAGGGCACUUCCUCAAGAGCCUGUUCCCUGGUAUGACGGAGCUACCACCGGCCUUCGCCACGCAGUCGCCGCCUGCGUUCGACGCGCGACUACCGCAGGUCACGGAUGAAGAUGUGGAGCUUAUAGCCACCGCGUUCCCGCAGCUGGCUAAAGAUGUUCCGAAUUAUGAUAUGGAGACGACAGUCAAGUUCUUUCAGCAGAGGAUAAGUUCUUCAGAUCAUCAAGAAAGAGAUAUUGACGUCCAAGUAGAUUUUGAGAAGGACUUUGAAUCAGAAACAGACGUCGACUUCGAACGUCUCAGCCGCCAGAGCACAUCGCAGAAACAGAGAGUGGACACAUCGACCAUAUGCGUCCCGGACACCAUGGCCGUAUCCACGGUGACUGAGGACAACAUGGAUACUCAUAAAAUAAACAUGGAAAGGCUCCAAGACUUCCUCCUAAAAUUAUAUGGCAUAUGUAGAGUUAACAUUGUUUUAAUUCGGGAAGAACUAGCUAGAUUCAAAGAAGAAAUUGAUGAACAGAAGAAGUUUAUAAAAGGAAAAUAUAUAGAAAUCUUAGAAGCGUGGCAGAAAGAGAGCGAAGAUAAUGCUUUAAAAUUCCGCGAGCAAACGCAGCGCUUGACCGUCGACCACGAGUUAGAACUUAGCGAUAUGAAGGCAGCCCUCGAUGGCAAAGACGACGUUAUAGAAUCUUUAAAGAAAGAGAAGGAAGAAUUACAAACACUUCACGAAAGUGACAUUGAAAGGUUAGAAGCAGAGCACAACAGUACAAAAGAAUUAUUAGAUAAAACUAGAGAGGAGAUUAAGUUGUUUGAGAAGAAGCUAGAAGAGGCUGACGUUCAGAAACAGAAAGAGUUGAAAGAGGCGCAGGAGAAAAUGCACUUGGAAUAUAAAGCGGAGAUCGAGUCGCUGCGAUCAAGGUACCGUCUCGUAGCCCUAACAAAUAUGGACCGGUCGCCAUCAGAGUCCAGCCUCGAAAAAAUCGAGCGAUCAGACGUCAUAGAGAUAACGAGUCACAACGCCAUAGUCAUGCAGACAAAAGAAAACGCCGAGGUUGAAAAGGAGGAAGCGAUAGCGAAGGUGACGGCAGAGCUGCAGCAGAAGUAUACUGAGGAUAUCAAUGCGCUGAAGGCGAAAUAUGAGGCGGAGAAACAAAUAACAAUAAACGAUGUUACCCGACGCCUACUAUCCGAAAAGGAUCGCCAGCUGGACGAGCUCCGCGAGCGAGAACAUUUAUUGUCGCGCGAGUGUUCCAAGUACAGAGAUACUAUACGGCAACUCACCGAUCCGGAAACUAACGACUGCGAUCCGCUCUUACGGUCACAGUUGGCGACACUGGAAAAUGAGAAGGCCCUGUUGCAGCAGCAAGUGGAAGAUCUGAAGAAGGAACUCGAGAAGAAAUCAGAGGAAGUAGACAAAGCUAAGGAGGAGGACAGUGAAGGAAGGUCAUCGUCGCCGGCACGUGAAGGCAAAAAGCGCGGGCGCUGCCACACGCCGUUCGGCCUCUCCGCCGGGACGCUCAGCCUGUCCUCCUGCCUGCCCGGCCAGACCGUGCUCGUCAUGUGGGACCCCGACCACUACAACUACACCGUCAUGCAGGAAGCGUCGAUAAUGUACUUCGUGCAUAGCGGUUGUCUCCCGGCGCUGGAUCUCAGCAUACAAGUCAAGCACGAGUCGGAUCGCCGUCUCUACGCCGUGGCCGUCGUCGAGUCCAAGGAGUAUUGCUACGCUAAAAAGAGCGGCAACCGGUACAACAUGCCGCGCGCCUCGCGCUUCUACCGCGUGCGUCUGCGCGCCCUGCGCCCCGCGCCGCCGCCGCCGCCCUGCUGCGACCACAAGCACCGGCCAGAUGUAAUGCAUCGCAGCGCUCUGCCGGUGUUCGGUGAGACCCGCCCGCUCAAGAAAUGGUUGACCUACAUGCAUGCACCAGGUCUUUGCUUUUGUUUCAUCCUUCACCCGGCUUUCUUUGUCCAUGAUAGUGAUAUGUCAAAAUCGGUCGACACGAGCCAAUCAACAAGUUCAAACACCGACGAAGCGAGCAAAGAGGUCGCCACGGCAACCCUCAUCAACCUGGAGUCACCUGUGUCGACCAGUGAGAAUACGGCGCCCGGCGAAGACCAGCUGGACUCCAUCGAGGCCAACGACCAGUGGCACACUGCCAGGAUGCAGGCCUCCACCGCCAGCGCUCUCACGGACAUGGAGUGCAGCGUGGGGCGCGUGGGCUGCGAGCCGCUGGAGCUGUCCGUGGGCGCGGGCUCGGUGGUGGCGCGCGGGCCCGGGCCCGUGGAGGAGCUGGCCGAGGAGGCGGCGCCCUGACGCGCGCCGGGCCGUCUGCCCGUGUGCCGCCCGGCGCCCGGCUCGCCGACGUCACGCCCUGCGGAAACCACACGACUGACGCGAUUGAGCUCGAGAGAGAUGUCCGGAGAACCCUGAAGGGAUCGCAUAUACUGAAGAAAAUUUAACCUGUGUCGGGUGGUCGAGCGGUUUUAGCCGUCCGGCACCGAAACGGACGUCCAGAUUCUAAUUCCGGCCCCGGCGUGUGAGGUCCUUUCUUUUUCGUAUAUUACAUCUACUGCGGAGAGCGUGCGUCGGAUGUUCUCGAGUUUGUCGGCGGUGACUGUAGCCUCGGGUAGGCGUUGUGAACUUGUGAAGUGAUAGUGAGUGGUUUAAAAUUAAAGUCGAGCCAAAAUCGGCUUAGGAUCACUUGCGUUAAUCCUCUGAAGCGGUAUAUUGAAGUGAACUUUGAAGGUAUAACGGAAUAAGAAGUUUUGAAGUGGUGAUAAAACCGGUAAACACAUGUAAUUUGAUAAAAGUCUAUUUCUUUUGGUUAACCUGCGGUUUGCACUACCAAAUGAAUGGAGAAAUCUAAUAUAAGUUAAUUAUAAAUAUCUUGUUCAAUUUGGCAAUACAAACUUGCAAAGGCAGAGCUAUGUAGCUAGUUGUAGCAAACAUAAUUUUACUUACACCAAAAUUGAGUUGUUGUCGGAGUGAAAAAUAAAAUUGUCUUCUUUUACCAUGUAUGUAAGAAAGAGAGAGAACUAAAUUAUAGAUAUACUUACAAAUCUAAUAUGUAUUAUAUAGAUCGACACUGUCAGCAGCAAUAAUACGAGUUUUUACACUUGACUUUACUAUUGCACACCGACAUAGUGUUUAUAGAUUUAAAAACAUGCCAAAUCAGCCUUGGGACCUAAAAUAUUAUUGUACAUCACAAUGCUGAUCUCCUAAAGUGUUGUUAUAUUUAAUUAAGUUGAUAUGAGUUUGUAAAGAUAUAGUUGUCCUUUUGUCUAAAUAACAAUUUGAUGAUAAG